AUGUUGGCAAAAGCAUUUGCAAGCCUACCAAAUAAUUCUCUGAAUGAACGAUUCACGCUUCUGGAAACCCAUAGCAAAAAAUUUCAGUUUUUAUAUGACAUUUUAAAACUCAAGGAUAUAGAUGACAAAACGCUAGAAAAUUAUUGUUCCAGUCUUGAGUUUAUACUUUCGGUUGAAAAUGAAACAGAUAUAAAUGCAAAUGACCUUAGAGAAGAAUUGCGUGAUGUAUCCAGAAUGCUACCAUAUUCUACGAAACCUUUGGAUGUUUUAAAUUAUUUAUGCCAAAAUAGCUUAAUUAGUUUGUAUCCAAAUACUGUUGUAGCUCUGAGAAUUUUAUUAACUCUCCCUGUAUCUGUAGUUAGUGGGGAAAGAAGUUUCUCCAAAUUAAAAUUAAUAAAAAACUACUUAAGAAGUUCAAUAGGACAAACAAAACUUAAAAAUCUGGCAUUAAUUUCUAUUGAAUCUGCAAUGGCUAGCACUCUAGACUACACAUCAGUAAUUAACAAAUUUGCUAAAGUUAAAGUUAGAAGAGUAAAGCUGUAA